AUGGCGCAGUCGGCCAUUCGAAUCGACACCGAUAUUCAUGGAACCAAACGAGGAUUACCACACGAUGGGUCUGAAGGAUCGGAUUAUUUGGCCGUAGCGGAUGAGGAUCAGGUAGAUACGCAGACAACGACGAUUCCAGGGCUGCCGCCGUUCUUGAACCUUCCAUAUACAGAAAUACGAAAGAAAUUCGAAGAUCUUGAAUGGCUACAACGCUCCCGGAUUGCGGAAGGAGCAAUGUCCAAAGACCCUUCGCAUAGAUGGGCUAUCGACACAAGUCCGGAAGUCAAGGCACGAAAUCGUUACCAAAAUGUUCAAGCUUGGGCAAAUUCACGCAUCCGAUUAAAGGUUCCGGAGGGGGAGUGCGACUUUAUCAAUGCAUCUCCUAUCACACUCAAGGAUUCCCGAACGGGCGAUGAGACGAGGUAUAUUGCUACGCAGGGCCCGAAAGUCGGCGUUCACUUGGCGCAUUUUUGGCAUAUGGUGUUCCACGAAAGCGCAGAUGUGGCAGUAAUCGUUAUGUUAACGCAGACGGUCGAGGCCGGAAGAGAGAAAUGUGCGCAAUACUUCCCAUUAGACGAGGACGAUGCUGUGAUGAACUUUCCGGCGGAAACGGACGACUCUUUAGCCAGUGAUCAGGAUACCCAAGAGGAAGAAGAGGAGGAACAGGAAAAAGAAAUAGAAGGCACUUCAGAGAUAUCCGGAAGUAUCACGCUUCGCGAACAUUACUUUGAUGAGGCAUGCCGAUCUGAGAUCCGGAAAUUGGAACUCCAAAUAGGCAAUGAAAGCAAGGUUGUAUGGCAUUUUCUGUUUGCUGGAUGGGCGGAUUACUCGAAACCCGAAGGAGAAGAACGUGACGCACUUCUCCAACUCUUACAGCGCACAGCUGAAAGAUCGUCAUCGGAGAAUCCUCGCAUAGUCCAUUGCAGUGCCGGGGUUGGCCGUACUGGCACUUUCAUUGCCCUUGACCACCUGUUACGAGAGCUAGACUCUGGCGAACUACUGAGUCCCAAAUCUGCCAACGAAGACCCAAUCUAUGAAACGGUCAACCAAUUACGAGAGCAGCGAAUGAUGAUGGUCUACAAUGAAAUGCAAUUGCAAUUCAUCUACGAAGUCAUUCGAGAACAAAGCAUCCGUAAGCUAGGAGGCUCACUAGAUGACGAGAUGGCUCUGGAUCUGCGGUCGCCGAAAGUUGCACGAUUGUCAUCGAACGAGAACUAUACGGUUUCGGACAAGCCAGAAUUGGAGCCUGAAACCAAGGAAGAUACUCUGGCCACAGAAAGCCCCGAGCAAUCUCCAGCGGUUUCGGAUGACGAAUAA